AUGGCAUUUGCAGGAACAACUCAGAAGUGUAUGGCUUGUGACAAAACUGUUUAUCUGGUUGAUAAGUUGACUGCAGAUAACAGAGUGUUCCACAAAGCUUGUUUCAGAUGCCAUCACUGCAAAGGAACCCUCAAGCUUAGCAAUUACAACUCUUUUGAGGGAGUUCUUUACUGCAGGCCACACUUUGAUCAACUGUUCAAAAGAACUGGGAGCCUUGAUAAAAGCUUUGAAGGGACACCAAAAAUUGCCAAGCCAGAAAAGAAUUUGGAAGAGAAACCUGGAGCAGUCAAAGUUUCAAGUAUGUUUGGUGGAACAAGGGACAAAUGUGCUGGUUGUCAGAAAACGGUGUAUCCCACUGAGAAGGUUACUGUGAAUGGAACUCCUUACCAUAAGAGUUGUUUCAAAUGCUGCCAUGGAGGGUGUGUCAUCAGUCCUUCCAAUUACAUAGCACACGAGGGAAAACUCUACUGCAAACACCAUCAUACCCAAUUGAUCAAGGAGAAAGGCAAUUUAAGCCAACUCGAAGGUGAACAUGAGAAGAGUGAAAGUAAUGGGAAAAUCAACGGCGAAGAAGUUGCUGCGGAAACAUGA